UUUUUUUUAUGAUUUAAAUUCGUGUUCUGAUGAACAUAAAUCGAGAUGUUUGUUACUGGAGCUAAUCCGCUUCGUGAAAGUAUAAAAUUGUACGUUCGGUCUUUUCUUGAAUGGAAAUUUUCAGGCCCACGAUCAUAGGCGCGCGUUGUUUCCACUCUGCCGAUUUCGGAUGCCGAUUUCGGAGACACCAAUGGACGGACGAUGGGAGAUUAGGCUGUGAUAGAAGACAACGGUGACAGUCAGGGUGGUAAUUAUACAAAAUUACGUGCACUCACUAGGUUUUUCAAACGAGCGCCAGAAAAUAAAAUCCCGCAGGCUGAAGAGGUCGGAGAACGUUAAAUGAAACAAAAGCGCGCCAUAAAAAUAGGAAAGAAAUCUAUCUGAACCUGAUGGGGGUGUCUCUGAGAAGCAACAAGGGCUUCUUAUCUUCCUUUAGAACCCUAAUUAACCAACAGAGAUUUAAAUUUAACCAUACAUUGACGGAAGUAAAACCGCAAGAUCAAGUUUACCCAGAAUCGGGUCCCGAUUAUGUGGCUUUUCAAUCCCACAUGGAUAUGUCAAAAUGGAAAAAGUUGGAUUCAAGAAGCUUUGGGAUACAUCGCUUCAAUAUAACCGAGCCUUCUCGGAUUGUUUUGAACAUUCUGCGGAAAGAAGGGUUUGAGGCAUACCUAGUGGGUGGAUGUGUAAGAGAUCUACUCCUUAACAAAACACCUAAAGACUUUGAUGUGAUAACCACUGCCAAGCUUAAAGAGAUCCGGAAGAAAUUUCGUAGAGCAUAUAUUGUUGGACGACGAUUCCCAAUAUGUAUGGUGCGUAUUAAAGAUACUGUCAUUGAGGUAUCCAGUUUUGAUACAGUGGCAAGUCAGAUUGGCAUGAAAAAAGAGCAUCAUUCCACCCACACGCCACAUGGCUGUGACAAGAAAGAUUUUAUUCUAUGGAGAAACUCCAUGCAGCGGGACUUCACGGUUAACAGUUUAUUCUUUGAUCCCUUUAUGAACAAAAUCUAUGAUUAUGCCGAUGGAUUGGUGGACUUAAGGUCCUCAAAACUACGAACGUUAAUCCCUGCUCAAUUAUCAUUCAAAGAGGAUUCUGCAAGAAUCUUGCGUGGCAUAAGACUUGCUGCUCGUCUUGGCUUAUCAUUUUCGAAGGACGUUGAGACUGCAAUUCGUAACCUUUCUUCAUCUAUUAUGCAUUUAGCUGAGGCUAGAAUAAUGAUGGAGUUGAACUAUAUGCUUUCUUAUGGAGCUGCUGAGCCUUCUCUAUGUCUACUUCAGAGAUUCAAUCUGCUUAAAAUCCUACUUCCAUUUCAAGCAGCCUACCUUGAUCAACAACAUAGUGUGAAAACUGAUCAAAGUUCUAUGAUGUUGAUGAAACUAUUCUUCAGUUUGGAUAAACUGGUUACCUGUGAUCGACCUAUUAACUGCAGGUUAUGGAUUGCAAUUUUGGCAUUUCACAUCGCAUUAGUCAAGAACCCUCAAGAUGCUCGUGUAAUUGUUGCUUUUGCUUCUAUCCUGUAUCUUGGAGAGUGGAAAGAAGGUAUUAAAUUUGCCAGAGAAAAUACUGAAGUUCAAGUUAAUUUCAUACCAGAGAUCUUGAGGUCCUUCAAAUUUAAAUCGGAUGAAGAACUUGCAAAAGAAGUGUCUCAGUUUGCUUCUUCAGUGCAAUAUUCUAUAGAUGCUUUAAUUGACAAAGAGAGUUUGUCUAAUUCAAUGACCAGAUACCCCAUUUUCCAAAGCUCUGGUUUGGUAUUUGUUUCGAAAAAGAUGGGACAAGAUGUUGCUGAAAUUUUUCAAGUUCUUGCCAACAAUAUUGAAUCCUAUAAGAACAGAAGAAAGAGUUUCAAGAUUGAUUACAACAUGCUUGGACAAGGUCAUUUGUGUGAGACAAGAUUUGUUCUAGGCAAAGUUAUUCUUGAAACUAUGAGCUGUGGGACUUUGGAAGCAGGGGAAGAUAUUGAGCAGGAGAUCAACCAUAUGCACCAAAGCAUCAUGGAUGAAAAUGACGAUAUGGAACUUUACAAUAAGGUAAAGAAGCAAGUGGAGGUCAAGAAGGACAGAAGACAAGAACUAGCCAAGAAGCAUAUUUCUGUUAAAAAGAAAUACAGCCCUGAUGAGGAGGAGGUAGUUCUAGGGAAGCAUGGGGUGGUUGAGACAGAGGAGUGCGAAGAGAUAACUAAGGAGAAUCAGAAGGUACAUGAAACAUUCAUAGAGAUUUCAGAUCAAGAAAACAUGCCGGUCAAGAGUACUGAGGAUGAGGAAAUUGAGAAUAUGAAAGAAGAUGUUGAGAAGUGCCAGGAUAAGGAUCAGAGGCCUUUGAGGCUGAAAAAGAAGGCAGAUAAUCAGCAGAAGGCAAUCAGGCAGAAGAUAAAGAGAUACAAACAAAACUCUGAUAAAGAGAGAGAAAGUAGUUUAAUACUUUCCAGUCUAUUUAAGUGAACAUAUUUUCAGUCGUAAAUUAGAGGCAACUCUUUCCUGAAACAGCAAAAUGGUGAAAAACCACCUCCUGGUUGUCAUCGCACGAUCACUUCCUUUUCCGCUUAGUGAUUCCUUAGGAACCUUAGCGUACGAUCUGUGGGCUGUUUCCCUCUCGACUUUGGAUCUUAGCACCCCAAAAGUCUGUCUGUAUUCAUGAUCUAGGCCUGUAUUCGGAGUUUCCCUGGGGUUGGUAAGGCCAAAUGGGGCCACCCUAGCCCAUUGAUUGCUCUACCUCGGGCCAUCGACGUCAUGCGCACUACUGAAAAUAGAUUUAAGUGAAAUUGUAAUAUCAUGCAAGGAAAGAAAGAAAAAUCCUUGUAACAGUUUUGAUAGCCAUAGGUAGCAUCAAUUUUGUGUAUUAAUGUAUAUUUUUUCAUGCUUGGAUUAUAUUUAGAGAUAUUGAUGGGUGGGUCAUCAGCUGCCAUGCAACCAAGCAUGGCCAUUUCAAUGUAAAAGCUUUAAAGCUGCUAGUAAAUUAUAUUCAUGCAUUAGAGGGUAAUUUCCUUAAUAAAAAGAAGCCUAUUUUCUGAA